CCGGUAAGAGAAAGUCAAACGCGUUAGUUUGGUGGACGCCGGUCGGAGCUCGCGCUGGCUCCUGUUGCCACAGCAACCACUGAGGAGAAAUCCGUGCAGCUUCUGAUGCUGUAGCAUUACCGCAAUGAGGGGGAUGUAGCAGUUGUGGUCGGACAGAUGGGACCUCAAGAUUGACUGUGACUCACCACAAAGCGACGAGAAAAGGAAAAUGUGGCGAUAAUAGUCGAUUGUUAUAUUGGACUGGAAGGACGAGGCUGGAAAUGACUGUUUUCGAGCCGCAAUCAAGACCUGAGGAGUGAACAAAGUGCUUGGAGGGACAAUGUGAGCAUUCAGAGUUGAAGGUCAUAAACAAGUGUAGCCAUUACUGGAAGAAAAUAUCUGGCAGUAUUCAGGAUGAUUCUGCUGACUUUAUCUGAAUCUGCGAUUAUUCCACCUCAUUCUAGAAUCAGCUAUGGAUAACAAGGCAAAAACAUGCUCUGUGUCCAGACAUUGAUUUCAAAGGAACUGGCAGAUGCUUGUUAUGGAAUAUUUUUGGACCUCUCUGAUGUCAACUAACUUGAUUUCUUUAUUGCCUCUUUGGUUUUGUCUUUCUUUAAACCAUUCUGGAAAAACCCAAGUAAGUUCUUUAAUUGAGUUCCGACAGUGAAUGGAGAUCCGCAUUUAGCAUGCAAUCAGUUUCUGUAUUCUUGUGUUUUAGUGUAAUCUGCUUGUCAUAAAUACAUCAGGGUGUCUUAUCAUGGACAUAUGUACAACGUUAAUCUUUCCAUCAGGACUCAAAUUUGCUUUUGUGGACUUUUAAUCAGCAUUGUAUGCUGCAAGCUCUUGAAAAGAUGAAUUUAAGCAAUCCUUGUUGGUGAAAAACAAACGCAAAGCAGAAAAACAAGGGCUACCAAGGACGUUGCUCAGGUGCUGCUCCUAUAGCGUACUAAAAUUUGCUUAAUUUGAACAUUUGCACCUGCUUUCUGGCUCUUCCGCUCCUAUCGGCUGUGGCCACACUCCAUCUCUCAGGAUGAGCCAGAAGUCCGACUCAGAGACUGAGAGCUCCCAGGCACCGGUGAUUUAUACGGUGGAGGAACUGGAGUGCAAGAUCUGCUACAAUCGCUUUGACACCCGAGCCCGCAAGCCCAAGGUGUUGAGCUGCUUGCACCGGGUCUGUGCCAAAUGUCUAAAGAAGAUGGUGGAGCUGGACUCGUCUCCGAGCAUCAUCAGCUGCCCCUUCUGUCGCCACGAGACUCACGUACCUGACGAGGAGAUCUGGUUGCUUCAAGAUGACAGCAACAUUCUGGCUAUUCUGACUUACCAGGACCGGGCGCGUAAGAGCGGCACCACACCCAGCGGUGAGGUCCUUUUGACUCCCAACAGCCUAAGCGGAGGCGAGCAGGCCCACAGCUCCUCCGACUGCCUCGUCAUCACAAUCAUGGAAGUCCCUGGAGAGUCGCAGUCUUCGGACACUAUGAGCAUGUUGAACAUGGUGCGCUUGUAUCGGCCGGCCAGCCUGGACUCCUUGCCUUGCCACCUUCCUGUGCAGAAGUGUCGGGCUUGGACGUCUCGUUCGGUUCCUCGCUUUCUAAUGGGUUUCCUCUGCCUGGUCUACUUUAGCUCGCUGCCACUGGGGAUCUACUUGCUGAUGAUCCAGCAGCUCACGAUGGGAGUGAUCUUGGUCAGCCUGGUGCCCUCCACCCUGGUCCUUUGCGUGUUCUACGGCUUCUGCCAAUGUCUGUGCCACGAGAUCAUGGAGGCGAUUGCCACAUAACACCACACAGUCGGUCCUCGGGCUGAUCUCUGGACUAGCAAGACCUGUAAAAUAACAAAAGCCAAAUGACUGAUGCAUAUCUACUAAUCCCAGACACCGCAUUUUUUUCCGUUGCACCAGAUUAUACCAGCAUCUACCAGUGAACUCCUUGUAACUCACCUCACAUUGUAUGCAGGGCUUACUGUACUUGACUUUAGCAGUUAAAGCUUGAUUACCAAUGCAAGCUGGAGGUAUUGAUUUUGGACUGCAUCAGAUCGCUGUGGUUUUGUAUCGUCUCUAGCUCACCCAAUGGGUCUUCAACAACUGUGAUAUAAAUGACACGCAACAGAGAAUGAAGACCUUCCACACUUCAAUAUGGAAACCACAGGAUGUGUUCAACAAUACUAGAUGAAUUUGUUUGUUUUCUGUUAUCUUCUGAAUAUCUGUGGUAUAAUUUCAAUCAUUGUCUCAAUGUUCUCGUUGAAGUUCCUAGUUGCCUUUGUAAGGCAUGUCAAUGGCCAAGCUGUAAUGUAUAUGUAAAAUAAGUGAAUUUGUGUUUGUCAUUGCUAUGAGAAUGAACAAAUACUUUAAAGCCACCUGUUAGAUAUUCAAUAAAGAUUCUUCCAUAUCUAACAGAACUCUAGAUUACACUUACCAUACUUGAACACUGUUUUGAGUAUCCACCUUUUUCCUACGUCCCAUGACGCGUUGCGCAAAUUAUGGAAGUAACUUCCGUUUACACUGUAAACAAUCAGCAAAAAGGUUUGCUCUAUGAACACAAUAAGCAUUAAGCAAAAACUGGGUACAAUGAGGUGACAUUAUUUUACUCAUCCUUCAACCAUCGAUCAUUAAAAGUGUAAAAAUUAAAACAUUUAUUAAAUAAAUUUAAAAUUUAAGUGUAAAAGCAUUAACAAGUUACUUUCAACAUACCAUGAAUAACUCCUAAAGUUCCUCAUAUCCGCAGCAAUAUUAUGGACGUGUUAAAUAUCAUUAUAGUAAUAUAUGUCUAUAUUUCGUAACAAUUACAUUUUACAGCAUCUGUGAGAAAACAAACCUGGACAGACACACGAGGAUUUGGGGAGAAAAAUGAAUGAUUCUUAAUGCAGUCAAAAUAACGGAUAAGGAUUGUUUGUAGUGCAAUCUUGUGAUUUUAAAUGAUUUGGAAGUACCUCCCAUAAUUUAAAUGCAGUAGGCUCCUUAGGAAAAAGGUGGAUAGUUCUGAAAAAGGACAACGACAAAAGUAUACAUUGGAUUUUCAUUGCAAUUGGCAUCCUAAAAUGUAAUAAUCAUACUUAAUAUAAAAGGAAUACUCUCCAUCAUAACAAUUUUAAGUGUGUGAAGCUGAUUAUAAUUAUGACUGAGGAAUUAUGGCAGUGCCUAUUACAGCUUUGCUGUUUUGCUAACUGAAUGAGCUAAUAUUACUGGUGUCGCUCAGGAGAUUUGACCCAUGGGAGCAUACGUGUUGCAUCAAGCGACACACAGCUUUCAAACAAGCCCAAGUAACCACAAGGGAGUCAAUAAAGGAUCCCCGUCUGUUCCUCCACAAUACCAUACUACUCUCCCUGUGGACAAUUAACUUCACAUAAACCACUGUGCAUAGCACACACAUUAUUACACACACACUCCCACAAGCACACAUAUAUACAGACAACCGCUCAUAGAAAUUCAUUAUGCAUGGAUCUCUUGAUCACAAACCUUGUCCUCCCAACACUGCAUGUGUUUCUGAGAAAGAAAGAACUUUGAUAUAAUGAUCUACAGUGCAAGGUAUUCUGGGAGCAUGGACUGCAAGGUUUGGGCCUAAUUUUAACAAGUGUCCCUGAAGACCGGCCUCUAUAAAAGCUUUGGAAAAAAAGAACAUAGGUGAGCAUACAAAUACAAGGAGGUUGGCAGAAGUGUCUCCAACGGAUGUAAUCACGCUGAGAAGCAGGACUGUCAAAACAACUCGCAAGUUUCCGAAGGCUAUGAAAUAAAACGGAUUUCUUUGAAGCUCAGUUACCAGUAAGUGGCUACUUUUCUUUUACAAAAAUGUUAGCAUACAAAUGGAAAUGGGUGUAGCCUUUAAAUUGAACAUUGUCACAUCAAAUUAUAUCAGAAAUAAGGCAAAAUAAAAUGUGUUUCAAAGCGGUGCAACCGUUCUUAAAAGAGAACUUUAAUAAACCAGGCUAAUGAAGAAGGCAAAUAAUUUCUGUGUUUAAGGAAAAUAAAUGUUAUGGUCCAUUUGUUUUAAUUGGGAUUAGAUGGGAAAAAAAGGUCAACUACACGAUUUACAAAUUUCACAGCAUCUAGUUAAGGCCAAAUCUACGCC